GUUCUAUGUGCUUAGGAUUGUGUUACGUGCAGACAAUACUAAGUAACGACUGUGCGUAGAUAUUAAAUAAAAUCACCUUUUUUUCUUUCUUCUGUCAGCUACAGAGAGACCUGUGGCAGAAUGUGGGGCUGUUGCUGACCACCUCCUCAGCAGCAGCUGUCUCUCUGUGUGGACUUUUACGGGGACGGCGGACAAGGACAAAAUGCCACUACGGGAAUCAGUCACUCAACGCUGUUUCGGACGGGGGGCGAAAACACUGAUCACCUUUUAAAUACCUACUUUGGAUCUACCUUACCACACGUCUGUUUUAUUAUCUCCUCAUAGAGUAUUUCUCCGAACAGUUUUCUCCGAACAGUUUUCCUUUACUGAAGAACGGUGACUCACUGCAGGCAGAAGGCGAGCCGCUGCAUCCUAAUCAGACAGCGGAGAGGACUUCAGCUCAUUGACAUUACAGUCAUACUUUUCUGGAGCACUCCCCCCCCCUCCAUUGCGCUGCACUGUAGCCUGCGUGUGCAGCGGACGCUUGUGGCUUCUCUUUCUGCACAGAGGAGGGAAAGAGGAUACGGGUGGUACCUACUGAAGUGGUUAGGUGAUGAAACUCCCUGAACCCUGCUGUAACUGACUGUUAGAUUUUUACAGUAAUCAUUUUUUUUGGGGGGGGACUAUUGCAGUGGUUUCUUUCGGUGGUUUGAGUGAACUCUUACAAUGACUAUUCAGUUUGGCGACUGGAUCGUGAUUAUUGCUCAGAUGAGUCUGGGCGCUCCGCUGAAUAUAAAUUAGGUGUUCAGCACCACAUAUUGCUGGAAGAGGAAGAGAGAGACAGAGCAAAGACAAUCCACAAAGACAAAUGCCAAGGCCUCAGAUGAUGAACAGAACUCUUUAUUUGAUCCUGAAUAAUAGAAACGCCACAUUUGAAGAAAAUACCAACAGGUCGAAGGAAGCGUAAACAAGACAGAUUAUAGAAGCUUUUACGGAGUGGGGAUGUAUCUUUCUAUUUUCUUUUUCCUCCUCUUAUGGGCUCAAGCCCUGACAUUGAAAAACUUGAAUUACUCUGUCCCGGAGGAACAGGGUCCGGGUACAGUGAUUGGGAAUAUUGCCAAAGAUGCUAGACUCGGACUCGAACAAGUGGGGCAGGGAGGACAGGGUAAGAAAGCCAACUUCAGGGUGCUGGAGAACUCCGCUCCGCAUCUCAUUGAUGUGGACCCCCAAAGCGGACUGCUGUACACAAAGCAGCGCAUCGACAGGGAAACCUUGUGUAAGAGAAACCCCAAGUGCCAGCUCUCCAUGGAGGUGUUUGCCAAUGACAAGGAAAUCUGCAUGAUCAAAAUAGAUAUUCAAGACAUUAACGACAACUCACCCAUUUUCCCUUCGGAUCAGAUUGAUAUUGACAUUUCUGAAAAUGCAUUGCCAGGGACACGCUUUCCCCUGACCAGCGCACAUGACCCAGAUGCAGGGGAGAACGGCCUGAAAACCUAUCAAAUAACACGCGAUGACUACAAUCUCUUUUCCUUGGAGGUAAAAUCCCGUGGGGACGGGACUAAAUUCCCAGAAUUAGUUAUUCAACGGCCAUUGGAUCGAGAAGAACGAAGCCAUCACACCCUUAUUUUGUCAGCCACAGAUGGGGGGGAAUAUCCUAGGUCAGGUACCAUGCAGAUAAAUGUUAAAGUUAUUGAUUCCAAUGAUAACAGCCCUGUCUUUGAUCAGCCCUCGUAUGUUGUGGAAAUUCCUGAAAAUUCACCUCCUGGUAAAGUGCUGAUUGAUUUAAACGCCACUGAUCCUGAUGAGGGCAACAAUGGACAAGUUGUCUAUUCUUUUAGUGGAUAUGCCCCAGAGAGAAUCCGGGAGCUCUUUUCUAUAGAUUCCAGAACAGGGGUCAUAAAGAUUCAGGGAGAAAUUGACUACGAAGAGAGCCCAGUUAUUGAGAUUGACGUCCAGGCAAAGGAUCUAGGUCCCAAUCCAAUCCCAGGCCAUUGUAAAGUCACUGUUAAAGUGCUUGACAGGAAUGAUAACUGGCCAUCUAUAGGCUUUGUGUCCGUGAGACAGGGAGCGAUCAGCGAGGCAGCACCUCCAGGCACUGUCAUUGCUCUCGUCCGUGUCACAGACAAGGACUCGGGAAGGAAUGGGCAGCUUCAGUGCAGAGUGCUGGGUAAUGUCCCUUUUAAACUUGAGGAGAACUAUGAUAACUUCUAUACUGUGGUGACAGACAGGCCCUUGGACAGAGAGGUGCAGGAUGAGUUCAAUGUCACCAUUGUGGCCAAAGACAAUGGCAUUCCUCCUCUAAACUCCACAAAGUCAUUCACCGUAAAGAUUCUGGAUGAAAAUGACAAUGUUCCUCGCUUUACCAAGUCAGUUUACCUUCUUCAAAUACCUGAGAACAACAUCCCUGGGGAGUACCUAGGUUCAGUUCUGGCACAUGACCCAGACCUUGGCCAGAAUGGCACAGUGUACUACAGCAUAAUCAACUCCAAUGUGAGUGGGGGUGAUGUCAACACCUAUGUUAAUGUGAACGCUGCUAAUGGAGCCAUCUAUGCUGUGAGAUCUUUUAACUAUGAGCAAAUAAAGUAUUUUGACUUUAAGGUUCUUGCUAGAGAUGCAGGAUCUCCACACCUAGAGAGCAAUGCUACAGUGCGCAUCAGUGUUCUGGAUGUCAAUGACAACAUCCCUGUCAUAGUUCUGCCCCUGCUCUUAAACGACACGGCUGAGAUACAUGUGCCACGUAAUGUUGGUGUUGGCUACAUUGUAACCACAGUGAGGGCGGUGGAUAAUGACUAUGGUGAGAGCGGGAGGCUCACAUAUGAGAUCUCGGAUGGAAAUGAGGAGCGCCUCUUUGAGAUUGAUCCGGUGACUGGGGAGGUGCGAACAGCCCACCCAUUCUGGGACGACGUGAACCCCGUUGUGGAGCUGAUCAUCCGAGUAUCGGAUCAUGGCAAGCCAACCCUCACUGCUGCCGCCAGGCUCAUCGUCAAGGCCUCCAACGGCCGUCCUCCUGAUGGACUGCCACGCACGAAGGACACUCAGAACUGGGACAUAUCCCUGCCUCUUAUUGUAACUCUAAGCAUCAUAUCUAUCAUGCUUCUGGCUGCCAUGGUGACCAUAGCAAUCAAGUGCAAGCAAGAAAACAAGGAGAUCCGUACCUAUAAUUGUCGCAUUGCAGAGUACUCGCACCCUCAGCUGGGAAAAGGCAAGAAGAAGAAGAUUAACAAGAACGACAUCAUGCUGGUGCAGAGCGAGGUGGAGGAGCGGGAUGCCAUGAAUGUGAUGAAUGUGGUAAGCAGCCCUUCCUUGGCCACCUCUCCCAUGUACUUUGACUACCAGACACGCCUGCCACUCAGCUCACCAAGGUCAGAGGUUAUGUACCUCAAACCCACUGCCAAUAACCUCAGCGUGCCCCAAGGCCACGUGGGAUGCCACAGCAGCUUCACAGGCCCAGUCACCAGCACUACAGACACACCUACUAACCGCAUGUCCAUCAUACAGACGGACAAUUUCCCCACUGAGCCUAAUUAUAUGGGAAGCAGACAACAGUUUGUUCAAAGUAGUUCAACAUUCAAAGACCCAGAGCGAGCCAGCCUCAGAGACAGUGGUCAUGGUGACAGUGACCAGGCUGACAGUGACCAGGACACCAACAAAGGCUCCUGCUGCGAUAUGUCUGCAAAAGAAGCCCUAAAGUUGAAGGCUACAGGCGUGAAACCACCGCCUUUGGAGCAAGAUGAGGAUUGUGUGAAUUGUACAGAGGAGUGCAGAGUACUGGGUCAUUCUGACCGCUGCUGGAUGCCCCAGUUCCCCGCUGGAGGAAACCAAGCAGAGGGUGUCGACUACCGCAAUAAUAUGUUCGUGCCAGCGGGGAUGGAGACUGUGCCAGAGACCGAGACCUACGAGACUGUAAACCCCAAUGGCAAGAAGACGUUCUGUACCUUUGGAAAAGAGAGGCGUGACCACACCAUCCUAGUAGCCAACGUCAAGCCCUACUUAAAAGCAAAACGUACCCUCAGUCCACUGCUCCAAGAGGUACCCUCAGCCUCUGGCAGUCCUACCAAGGGCUGCUCCACCAUGUCUCCCUGCUCUUCAGUCAAAAGCCCAGCUGACGGAGCUGAAGGCAAACCUCCUCCUGCCACCUGCUCCGGCCACUACGGGCCUCCCGAUGGCCAGUACCUGUCACCAACCAAACAAACCAGAGACCAGGGGGUCUAUCCACCUUUGCCUCCCUCAGACCCAGUGGCCAAGGUGCUCGCAGAGGCCCGUUCCAGGAUUAGCCAAGAGGCAACUGGCGAAAUGGAGUGUGUUCUGGAGCAGCUGGAGCCCAACGCGAACCGUGACAGAAUGGACGCUGACCAGGUGGUGAGAGACAUCGACAAACUAUUGCAGGACUGCAGAGGAAGUGAGGCCACUGGCACACUCAGGAAGUGACACAAAUGACUGCAACAAAAAGAAGUAUAGAGGUAGAGAGAGGAAUGUAAUGCUAUUCCAAAAACUCUCAUGCCAAAACUGUCACCAAAACAAAUCAAAAAGGUUAAAUGGCUCUUAGGAUGGGAGCUUUUUUCACUGUAUUUGUUGUUGAAAAUAUUGACACUGGACAGACAAUGGGAACAUUUAUUACGUCAGUCAUUUGGCACCAGUUUAGGUGCUAGGAUCCCUACCAACAAAAAAGUAACUGGGUAACAAACAUCUGAAUUCUUCUGAAUUUAUAAACACUUUUUGUUUUGGAUUCUUAAGCAAAUUGCAGAGGCUUAUGCCUCUGGCACCUCGCAAGCUAUUAUCUAAGUGCCCACCAGCUCAUAAGUGUGUUGUUCAUGGUCUCUCGUGAAAUCCUACAUAUCUAAGUGUGUGUAGGUGGAUUUCUGUUAUGUGUGACGGCCAUAGAAACUGAAUGAAAAAGGACUAUUUAUGGUCAGACAUGACAAUCGAUGUGGAUACAGUGAAACAAAUUUGAAUCUAUUUGGGACAGUGAAAGACCGAAAUACACAAAAUAACCUUAUCUUUCUUGACUUUAAUAUAGGUGUUUAAUGUGUGAUGGAUCCCGUAUCAACAUGAAGAGAUUGGUUAAUCAGGUGUGUGUUUGCAGGGGUUGGUUAUGGACUUGGGGACGGAGGGGCUUAAUUGCUACGCAGUGUAACAGUGUAACCAUGUUUCACCUGUCAUUUGUAGCCACAUGUGUAAGCUGUGUCUGUCUCGCGCCUCUAUUUAAACAUUCAUGUUGCUGACUGGUGUAGUUGCAUGCACCAAUUUUACACAUGUGCACUACACUUUGCGCAUACACAUGCUGACACACUAACAUGCACUGAUGCCCCUACACACACGCAAACACACACACACACGUGCACACUAAUGCUUACACACAAAUGGCCAUCCGUGUAAUUGUCUUAUACAUGAACAUCAUCAGCUUUCAGUCCCUUGUGUACAGUGAAUUAUCAUGUGUGUGACUAUGCCUUAAGGCAAUCACAAGUUGUAUAAAAAGGGACAUUUUUUCCUCAACUGUGAAAAGAUGAUAUCUAUAUCAUUAUAUAGAUGACUAUGUAAGAAUCCAUGUAUAGUGUCCAAAUAUUAACAAAAUAUUUAUACAUUUUAUAAGAAAAAAAGAAAUGAGGAAUCUCAGCAAAAAGUGUCCUUGAGUUAAGGUCAAGUCCGGGGUAUUAACUCAAAGAACUGCAAAGGACACUGCCAUUGUUUCGAAGACAAAUAUCCAAAAAUAUAAAUAAACAAGAAAAUGUCCCUUCACAUUAUCACUAUACAUAAUAUCAUUAUAUGUGUAAAUGUAUCCAAUUUAGAUGUGUUUACA